CCCUGAUAUCUGACGUCACGCAGCACUAAACAUCGUCACUCGACCACUCGUCCAUCUAUAUUGUGAAAGUUUCUUCAAAAUUUCGAAUUUGCACGGUUUGCAUCUCUCGUGAGAGACGCAAAACUGAUUUCAUUGUAGAGUCAUGGAUUCGGACGAAGAAAAUCUUUAUGACGAUGUCGAUUCUGGCAACGAGUCCAGCGGAGACGACGUUGAUUUUGCGAUGGAGGACGAAGAAGGCAAUGCUCAUAAGGAGCGACCCUCCGAGGUGGAAGAUUACCCGUACGAAGUUUUGUCGACGGAACAGAUUGUCAACCACAUGGUCGAAUGCAUCAAGGACGUUAAUACCGUUGUAGAAAUACCUGCAACUAUUACCAGAAUUCUUUUAAAUCAUUUUAACUGGGACAAGGAAAAAUUGAUGGAGAAGUACUAUGAUAACCAUGAUCAAGACCAGCUCUUUACUGAAGCCAGGGUUGUUAGCCCUUUUAGAAAAACGGGACCAUCUAAAGCAAAGCCUGCCACAAGGAGGGCCUCAACCUCUGCAGCAGAAGAGUGUGAAAUAUGCUUCAAAGUUCUGCAAAACGACUUGAUGACUGGUUUAGAGUGUGGACAUAGAUUUUGUGUGCAAUGUUGGGGCGAGUACUUGACCACAAAAAUCAUGGAAGAAGGAGUUGGACAGACAAUUGCUUGUGCCGCCCACGGCUGUGACAUCCUAGUGGAUGACGCCACUGUAAUGCGUCUGGUGCGAGAUUCUAAAGUGCGGCUCAAGUACCAGCACCUAAUCACCAAUAGCUUUGUUGAAUGCAACCGAUUAUUGCGGUGGUGUCCCUCCCCUGAUUGCAACAACGCUAUCAAAGUUGCAACCGUGGAGUGUCGGCCAGUAACCUGCAAAUGCAAUCACACCUUUUGCUUUGUGUGUGGUGAGAAUUGGCACGAUCCCGUUAAGUGCAACUGGCUGCGGAAGUGGAUCAAGAAGUGUGAUGAUGAUUCGGAAACUUCCAACUGGAUUGCAGCAAAUACAAAGGAAUGUCCUAGAUGCCAAGUAACAAUUGAAAAAGAUGGUGGAUGCAACCACAUGGUUUGCAAGAAUCAGUCUUGUAAAGCCGACUUCUGCUGGGUUUGCCUUGGUCCCUGGGAUCCUCAUGGUUCCUCCUGGUACAACUGCAAUCGCUAUGAUGAAGAGGAAGCCAAGGCAGCUCGCGAUGCUCAGGAGAAGUCCAGGGCGGCCCUUCAGCGCUACCUGUUUUAUUGCAACCGCUACAUGAACCAUAUGCAGUCUUUGAAAUUCGAAAACAAGCUGUAUGCAUCAAUCAAGGAGAAAAUGGAGGAGAUGCAGCAGCACAACAUGUCGUGGAUUGAGGUACAGUUCCUGAAAAAGGCCGUGGACAUCUUGUGCCAGUGCAGGCAGACACUGAUGUACACUUACGUCUUUGCCUAUUACCUGAGGAAAAACAAUCAGUCUGUGAUUUUUGAGGAUAACCAACGCGACUUGGAGAGUGCAACAGAAAUAUUAUCAGAGUAUUUGGAAAGAGAUAUCACUCAAGAGAACAUGGCAGACAUCAAGCAAAAGGUCCAGGACAAGUACAGAUACUGCGACGGACGUCGCAAGGUGCUUUUGGAGCACGUUCAUGAAGGAUAUGAGAAGGAAUGGUGGUUGUACACAGAAUGAAGUUAAAGUGAAAGAUGAAAAAUAACACUCGCUAUAAUAAGUCCAGCAUUGAAAAUAUCGUGCAGGGUUCAGUGGCUAUUACUGUUUUUGUUUUGCUCCUGUUUGGCUUCCCUGUUUAAUUGAAUUUUAUACUUCCUAUUUGGACAUAGUAGCUGACUCGUUGAUACUCUUUCAUGUUUUGCAUGGUAUGCAAUUCAUUUUUAUGAUUGUAUUUCUAAAAUUAAAAAUAUGAUGCUCAUGAUUUCAGCAUCCUUUAGAUUAUAUGAUAUCAUUUUAUAGUUGCAAAGACUUAAGUAAUGUUAAGACAUAUGGCAAAUGUAAAUUGUAAAUGAAAAUUUCCCAUGUUAAUUAGCUGAAUUGCAUCCAUCUCAAAUUGUAAUUACCAAAACUCAUUUAUGUACAUUUUCAAAUUAAGAGUCAAUUUUUCUCAUAAGUUGAUCUUGCUUAUUUAGCACCAAGAACAUCAUAAUCAGUGAUUAUGUGUACUCUCUAAACUAUGAGCAGUAAACUAAUAUUUUAAUGAUACAAAUAAAAAAA